AUGGCUGGGGCCUGCCCGGUCAGCCCAGUUGACCAGAAACAAGCAAGGCGGCGCACGCUGGGAGGUUUUGAUGAGCCAGGCAGAUACAAGGCACCGCCUGGUUGCGUAACAGCAGAAAUACCACCUGGAUACUUCAACAAUACAGACAGAUUUGAAGCUACACUAGAAUCAUCAGAAGCACAAUCUAGUUCUUCUCUGCAGCAAACAUCGAUUGCUGGGUAUUCAAACUUUGCCAGUGCUGAACCACCUAACAUAGAAGCUUACGUUCUGCCAAGGCUAGAAAUGCACUUUGAAACUUUCGAAGAAGCAAAGAACUUCUACAACGUCUAUUCAAAGCACGCAGGUUUUGCUAUCAGGGAAGGCCCCAAGGUUGAGAACAGAGUCUACCUUUAUUGCACGUGCUAUGGAGUCUAUGAAUCAAAGGUUUCAGAAGCAAAUAGACCGCGGAACAAGACCACAGCCAGGACUAACUGCGGGGCUAAAAUUAGGAUGAAGAAGGAAAAGGAUGGAACACUAGUCACAAUAUUGGAGUACGUCAAGUACCUGCAGUUCAAAGGCAUUGAACACGCGCAAAUCAUGAGCAUACUUGGCGGCGAUGACCCAGGUAGCUACUUCCUCGAAAUGAAUGCCAAAGACCUAAUUAACAUCAAAGCAAAGAAUUCAAGGAUGGAUGACGUGGGCAAUGUCCUGAAGACUGUCAACUUUUUUAGGGAGAUGAAAGCAAUAAACAGGGAAUUCUUCUGCGACAUACAACUUGAUGAGUCCGACAGAGUGAAGAACAUAUUCUGGGCGAACGCGAGCUGCCGAGCGACUACAAUCUUUGCUUUCGCCCUGAUAAGAGAUGAGGAUGCAGAUUCAUACAAAUGGCUUUUCAAAACAUUUUUAAAAUGCAUGAGAGGGAAGGCUCCUACAUGCAACCUCAUAGACCAGUGCCCGGCAAUGGCUUUGGCGAUCCCAGAUGUUUUCAAGAACACAGUACAUAAGCUAUGCCGCUGGCACAUUAUGAAGAAGUACAGGGAACACCUCGCGUACCUGUACGACCUCCACAAAACCUUUAAGGAUGAAUUCAUAGCAAUCCUCAACUGGCCCCUCAUGCCAACUGAGUUGGAGACUGCCUGGAAAGAUCUCAUGGAUAGGUACAACCUCCAUGAUGAUGCCACGAUGGUGGCAAUGUGGAACGAGCGCGAGAAAUGGAUAUCAGCUUACUUCAAAGAAAUUUUUAAUAAAACAAACACGCUGACCCUCUAUGGGUUCGACACUCAGAUGGCAAAAGUUUACUCACGAGUUGUGUACAGCGAGAUCAGAAAAAGGCUAAAGCUGAGCACCCUCUUCACGGUGACGAACACGGAAGAGCCCACAAAGUACCUUGUACGCUACAACAAACCGCAAACAUCGUCUGCGUGGUCUCAGCACGUGUUCCAGGUGGUUGCAGACCCCGUGGCAGAAAUAUACGACUGCGAGUGCAAGCUCUGGGACCACACAGGUAUUUUCUGUGUGCAUGUCCUGUGCAUGAUGCAAACAAUUAAGGCUAAGACCGUUCCAGAGAAAUACAUCCUCAGGAGAUACACCAAACGCCCAAACAUCCAGCCAACCUUCAACAGAAAUGACCUGAGGGCAGCAGCGUCAAACAAGGCCUCCCAAUACUGCAUUGAAAGCGCUCUGCUGCAGCAGGUUUUGAGAGUGCACAGGAAAAGCUUGAGAAGCCAAGACCAAAUGGCGAGGUCACGGGUAGUCAUGGAAAGACUUGAAGAAGAACUCGACGCCAUGCAUUCUUCUGAAAACGGAGGUGUCGUGGACAACGAAGCAGAAAAACUUGAGCAGGAUAUCGCUACAAUCUUAUCCGAGAUGAACCAUAUGGGAGAUGUUGACCCAUACGACAACGAGGAGGAGGAGCAACAGCAAUCAGAGCUUCCCAAUGAGCACACUCAAGAGCAGCAACAUGCUCAUGUGCAAGAUCAUGAACUUGAUGGUGCCAUUGCCAACAAGCCAAAGCUGCAGAAGCAGAUUGGAGCUGCCAAGGUCUCUACCAAUGGAGACGACACACGUAGCAGCUACACUUGCAGAAAGUGUGGGGGGACUGAUGGACAUAAUGCCAGCACAUGCAAAGUGGGCAAGGAGGCCGAUGGCGCCGAACAGAAACAGGGCAAGGUCCAAAGUUCCAAAAAAUCAAAUGAAGAGGAUGAAGAAGAAAAGUUUGACGAUAAUGAUGACCAAUCAGACGAAGACAACGAAGAUGACAGUAUUGGGGGCGAGGAAACUGAAACUGACGAUGAUGCUGCCAAGGCUCAACCAGGAAAGGGCGCCGGCAAGGUACAACAUUCUGGGCCAGUUAGGAGGAGCUCAAGACUGAAGAAUCCAUAG